AUGGAGAACACUCACUCCCGUAGGCGUCAAUCUGCCGGAAUACCACCCUCGCCUCGCCUACAACGAAGCAAAAGCGGAACUCCGGCCAUAUCGCUACCGGAUCAGAACCAUUCACUCACGUCAAAGUCUCGCCACCGAUCAAAAUCAACAACAAGAUCAAGAACACACAAAGAAGAAGAGAAUUCGAUUACUUUAACCAAAACUCCAAGCACCCAAAAUAAGCCUCUAGAAAAGAGACACAGUUUUGUCAAUUUUUUGCAAACAAGGUCAACAUCUCCUUCUCCUUCUGCAUGGGCGUUAUCUCCAGGGAGAUCUUCGCCUUGUUCAAUGGUUCCAAAUUCACCUAGCUCUGGCCGAGUACUGAAGAAGGAACUGAUCAGUGGUGGUAUUAAUGGGGUUUUGAAGUACUUCAGGCAGAAGAAGACGCCACCGAUACAAGAGGAAGGGUAUCAUCGGUUUCGUGUUGUGCAUAACAGACUGUUGCAGUGGAGGUUUGUGAAUGCUCGAGCGGUUGCUGCCAUGGCUGCUGUUAAGAUUGUUGCAGGGAAAAAGUUGUUUAAUGUUUGGGUAAGAAUCUUCAUAGUGAGAAACUCCAUGGUAGACAAGAAAAUUCAAAUGCAAAGAUUCAAGAAUGAGAUCAAACUUCAUCAGAUAAUGAGUUCACAAGUUUGUUUGCUCAAACAAUGGGCAAGACUGGAGAGCAGAAAUGUUGAAGCUGUGAGCAGGUUGACACGAAAACUGUCUGCAAUAUCAAUCAACCUCCAUUUACUCGAAGAUGCUAAGGCUGAUGUACUGUCAGUCCAUGAUGCUAUGAGCACGGCCACUGGAGUCAUGGACAGCAUAAUAACAACGAUCACUAAAUUUCACUCCCAGAAAAAGUUGUUUAAUGUUUGGGUAAGAAUCUUCAUAGUGAGAAACUCCAUGGUAGACAAGAAAAUUCAAAUGCAAAGAUUCAAGAAUGAGAUCAAACUUCAUCAGAUAAUGAGUUCACAAGUUUGUUUGCUCAAACAAUGGGCAAGACUGGAGAGCAGAAAUGUUGAAGCUGUGAGCAGGUUGACACGAAAACUGUCUGCAAUAUCAAUCAACCUCCAUUUACUCGAAGAUGCUAAGGCUGAUGUACUGUCAGUCCAUGAUGCUAUGAGCACGGCCACUGGAGUCAUGGACAGCAUAAUAACAACGAUCACUAAAUUUCACUCCCAGGACUACUUGAUGGACUGGAUUCAUGGGCCUUUAUUGGACCAGAAUCUUGGGCAUAGUAAGAGAGAGGCGAAGACGAAAAAGGUUAAGAGGGCUAAUCUGAGAGUGAGAGGUUUGUUUGUUUUGGUUGUGGUGGAAUUGAUUCGAUUAAAGAAGAAGAAGGACCAUGAGGAAGUCGUAUUUGGAGGAAGCAUUGGGAGAAGAGUGUCUGUAAGACUGUAG